GCGAGAAUCUGUUCUCAUCGCCCAUAUAGCUAGCGAAUCUAUUUCUACGUACAUUUUACAGAUUGUGCUCUAUCAAAGUCAAGCUUUAGUUUAUAAUUAUUAAACACAAAGUUAAUUAAUCAAACUAUCGUAGAUCAUAAGCUAACUACUGUCUACGUACGUACAUUAGUUUAUAUAUAUGAAUAAGCUGAUCCAUCCUGAAUAAUUGAUAGUAGUGAUGAAGAAGACGAGCUGUUACUCUACUUUCCACCAGGUGCUACUAAUUCUCGUCUCUAAUCUUCUACCCUGUUUGGUUUCGUCCCUGACAUGCCAGAGAACCUGCGGGAGCCAAGUAAUCAGAUACCCGUUCGGGACCGGGCCGGGCUGCGGGGACCCCCGGUUCGAGCCUUACGUGACCUGCAACAGCCAGCAGCAGGUCCUGAGGUUGGGAACCCGCAGCGGGUGUUACCCGGUCACGGCUAUCGACUACGAGAGAGAGGUAAUUUACAUCUCUGACCCUUCCAUGUCCACCUGCUCUUGCACCCCGCCAAGCAGAGGGUUCAGCCUCGACGGGAAUGCUCCUUUCUCCUUCUAUGACUCCACCGUUUUCGCCCUUCUAGGCUGCUCGGGAGGGGUAAACUCGUCUUCUCCGGUGUGCGAUUCCCAGGCCGCCCCAAUCUGCGACCUCCUAUACUCAUGCCAGCCGAUCACCAGCAGGGUGAACAACAUCCAGGUCUCCGGCGGUUGCUGCGUCUACGCGCCGAUGGAUCUCGGGCCGGCGUUUCAGAUGGACUUGGAGAAACUCCAGUGCGCCGGCUACUCCGCCAUGUACAGCGGCGGAGACGGGAACCCGCUGGCGUGGAAAUACGGGAUUGCCCUGAAAUAUAAGUUUAACUACAAUAACGAUUACCCGGAUUUGUGCGAAAGCUGCGAGAAGAGCAAUGGGGUUUGUGGGUACUCUGUACAGUAUAGAACUUUUCUGUGUAAUUGUCCUGGCGGGUUCAAUUCUAGCUCCACUUGUUUCAUCCCUGCUUUGAGUGAUGGCAGCCAGCGUCUCAGGGGUCUCUCUUGGAAAGCAGGAGGAAUUUUGGUGGGUGUGAUCUUGGGAUUGUUGAAGUGGACGUGAUAAUCAACCAUAAAAUUCAACUUCCAUGAAUUAUUAUUUGAUCAGCAUGGUUGUUGGUUGGCCACUUUAAUUUGUUCUUGCAUCUUACGUACAUUUUUUUUUAAAUGUAAAGGGCAUAUAAAAUCAUGAAAAUGUAAAAAUGCAAAUUGUUGCUUGUUUAGGAUGUUGUUUGUUUGUUUGUUUUGAUUUUGGAAAAUUUGUCAAAUAGUUGCCUCCUAUAUCCACAUCUGUCUAUCUUAUUUUAAUACAAUUCCACCUUGGCUAUUAACCGUAGAUCAAAU